UGUAACCGUAUAACCCUCUCUUCACGUUUUAAGACUUUGCACAUACGCUGUCUGCUGUCUCUCUCUCUCUGUGUGGAUAUAAAAGCCCACCCACUCCUUCCAAGACAACUCCUCGCCCUUUGUUUGUGCAUCCUUUUUCAUUCUUUGGGUCUUCUCUCUACCCACCCUUUGUCUUUUUCUUCCACAUUCCUCGCCUUUCUUUACCAAUCCCCAGAGACAAACAUGCCAUCUGAGACAGCGGAGGCCAAGGCUGUGAGGGUGCAGCAAAGCCUGGGCCACCCUCACCCGCAGCAGACCCAGCCCCUCCCUUGCCCGCGCUGCGACUCCCUCUCCACCAAGUUCUGCUACUACAACAACUACAAUCUCUCCCAGCCCCGCCACUUCUGCAAGUCCUGCCGCCGCUACUGGACUCAGGGCGGCACUCUUCGCAACGUGCCCUUCGGUGGCGGCACCCGCAAGAACACCACCACCAAGCGCACUCGCGCUACCACUAAUUCUUCGUCUUCCUCGUCCUCUUCCUCUUCCUCCACUGUUUCCAACGAGGCCGUACCCUCCAACCCCAUUCCGGUUUUGCCUCCCGGCGAUAUGGUCUCGCAUGAUGUGGGUCUGAAUGAGAAUGGGGCGAUGGGCGGAGGCUUCAACUUCAUGGUGAGCUCGCAGGGUCAGGGGUUCUUGGGGCUGAGUGGAUACGGACUGGGGACCAUACCCGGGUUCGACGAGAUGGGUGGGUUCGGGUUGGGCAGAGGCGUCUGGACAUUCCCUGAAGUCGGUGACUUUGGCGGUGCAGGCAAUGGUGGUCCUUCCGUUGCUUCUUCAGGGUACGACACGUGGCAGAUGAGCGGUGCUGAUGGUGGGGAUUCCUUUGCUUCCACGGACCUUGCGAUUUCAACACCAUCCCAGGGUUUGGAGUGAUGAUGGUUUUUCCAUCCUCACUCUGCUUUUGGUUACUCUCUCUGUUUUGGUUUUGGUUUUGGUGGUUUUGGAAGUUCUGUGUCAAAGUUGCCUUCUUUUGUGGGUCAGUGUUUGGUGGAUAUAGACUGGUAUAGGUUACAUAGACAUGACUAGAGUUUGAAAGGCUGAAAGCGAUCCAACUUCAGGUAGGGUGCUUUUCUUUGAUGCCUCUGUAAAUCUUUUUACUUCUGUAUUGGACAAAUCGUUUGAAAAAAAAAAAUGGACAAGCACAUCUUUUGGGGAUUUUUCCUUUUAAGUACUACACAGUAUCUAGUUUGAGAAAUAAAAAAAAAAAAAAAAAAUCCUUUGGUCGCACUACAAUGUAAUGUUCUCUUUCUUCUUUUUAUUUUUCUUCUUUUUCACUGGUUUGGCAGGACUGUGUGGGUAAUGCAUGAAAUCUGAGCUUCCAGUUCCUAAAAAUUUCGAGGUUCUGAUUGCAAUAUAUCGAACAGUUGGAGAACAAUUUGUGGAAUACGAAUUGAGAGAAUGUCUAGGCUUUGGCCUUCU